AUGGCGAAGGCCUGCGUUCCGCAGCAGACCUCGGCCCUCAGUCUUGCAUGGAGGAUGGGGAGUGUCCGCGGCGUGAAGGCUAGCUCCCGAACGGUGAAGGUGAUUCUCAAGCAGGACAUGGAGCACUUGGGGUUUCGUGGCGAGUUGCAUGCAGUUAGGCCCGGCCAUGCUCGAAAUUAUUUGAUACCGCAGAAGAUAGCUGUUUAUGCCACCCUGGACAACAUGCAGAAAUACUUAACUACCAGUGAGGAGGAAGCACAGUUGAAGAACGAAGAGAAAAUACGACAAAGGAGGAUGGAGAAGCAGCUGUCGAAGCUGAAGUUGACGAUGAAGAGACACAGCGUUGAGGAUGGCAAGCUCUACGGGUCUGUGACAGCAAAGAACAUCUCAGAUAAACUCGCCAAGAUAGACAUGGAGAUCAAGCCCGAGGACAUCCUUCUUGAGGCCCCCAUCAAGGAACUGGGAAGUUUCGAUAUUCCUGUUCGUUGGGAGGGCAACCGUACAGCAACUCUCAAGCUUGAAGUGUUGAAGCGGUGA